GCUUCGACGCCCCGGGGUGAUUAGUCAGAGGGCGGUGCAACGUCACUCAAACUACAAAUUCGAUUUGUGCCCCUCCGUUGCUGGGCUGCCCCUCAUUCGGAGCUAAUCGUCGUCUCAACCUUCCCAUAGUUUUAAACCAUCCACUCUGGCCUCCCGACGCCUCUUCUCUUCCUCCUCCUCCGCUAGAUUCUCUCUCCAGUCUUCCACUAGAACCGCAGUAGCGCCCUCUUUCCUCCGUCCAACUCCGUUCAUCCACAGCCGUCGCGCUUUCUCUCACACAUCCUCCACCAUGUCUCACAAGGUUCACGACAUCACCUCUAAGGCCGAGUUCGCCGAGAAGGUCACCAACUCCACCGACGCCAUCGUCCUUGACUGCUUCGCUACCUGGUGCGGUCCUUGCAAGGCCAUCUCCCCCAAGGUCGAGGAGUUCAGCAACACCUACCCCAACGCCAAGUUCUACAAGAUCGACGUCGACGAACUGUCCGAGGUUGCUGCCGAGCUCGGUAUCCGUGCCAUGCCCACUUUCCUGCUCUUCAAGGACGGCAAGAAGUUCGACGACCUCACCGGUGCCAACCCCAAGGGUCUGGAGCAGAAGAUCCAGGCUCUGCUUGCAUAAAUUCCCCGUUGAUAGAUGAUAAUAAGGGGAUACCUUGAUGGUUAUGCUAGUUACAAAUGAAAUCUAAUUGAUGGGCUUCUUACCCCGCACACCUUGUCUAGACUAUCUAUAUGGAGUUGAUGGUGGUAUCUGUCAAUUUUAGAUGUAGUUAUGGUCGUAUUCCUGGGCUAUAGUAGCAAUUCAAUCAAAACCUCAACUAGUAUGCAGGUAACCUGCAUAUCUAUUUCUAUCGAACCAUAUCAUACGCUAAUGUAAGAUGACAUCAGGCUUGCUUGUCACUUUACACUCUGAUCAGACAUCGCAGCAAACAAGAGCAAAUCGACGACUUAAUCCCUGUAUCUUGCU